AUGCAUAGAAGAACAACAUCAUCAACAUCCGUGGGAUUUGACCAUGUCUGUUUCGACAACGACGAUUCUCUAGACCAGGAGAAUGAAUCAUCGCAGCAAGAUUCCACAACUUCAAACACAGCAGCCCGAAACCAGUCACAUCGUGCAGUGAAACCUUACCGCUCGUUCAAUGUCUUCAAAGAUGUAGCACUCGGCACGAAUGCAUUCAGCUUCUGCCUCCAAGUCCACCCAUCCGGAGGACUAGCUCAAUCUCCAAGUCCAGUAUACCACACAUUGCGCAUUCCCUGGUACCGUCAGGGCCUAUAUCUCCCAGCAUCAUUCGAUUUGUACACCGGCGGCAAUGCCGUGCGCAGUCGCAAAGAACCAACUCCCGAGCCUGGGGAUCAUCGCGCGCACAUCCAUUACCGCGGUUUCGAGGGCCUGCUGGGUCUUCGUGUGAACAUUGAUAUAUUUCGUCAAUCGGGGGCCUCAUCGCCAAAUGAGGCACUCGGCUCCUCAAAUCUUGCUAAACAUUGUUCGGUGGAUAUUUUUCGGAAGGGAAUUGGAAGGACAUAUCGUGUUGACAUUACACACGCUGAGUCUGUUAGGACGUUCUAUUGGAAGGGAUCAAAGACUGCAUUAUCCUUAAUCGAUACCGAGGAUCAAAGUUCAAGUUCCCGUUUCAAUGGAAACGGAAAUCUGAAGUUCUUUGCUGCGGAUAACCCGGGUGAUAUCAUUGCGGUUUGGGGGAACAGGACCGAUCAACGGAUUCUUGGUUCUUUGAGUGUUAUCACUGAGUUGGAUGCUGACUCUGAUGGGGUACUUGAGGGAUUGAUGGCUAGCUGCCUGGCUGUGGUCGUUGCAGAAAGGGUUUCUGGGCGCGGAUGGCUAGGUGGGUUGGGGAAGUCCAGGGACUCUUAA